AUGGAGGAUCUGAACCUGACAGAAACCGAAAUGAGAUAUUUCGGUGAUUUGUUUUUAUGUUGCGAUGAGGAAUCCAACGGGAAAAUACCAAUUCUAAAAGCAACUGAACUAUUUAGAUCGUCUAACAUUUCAAAUGAUGCUCUUAAACAGAUCAUGGACAUAAGUGUUGCUCCAAAUAAUUGUUCGACAUUGAACCAUAUGAAUAGGAAACAAUUUUAUUCUGCUUUAAAAUUAAUAGCUGCACAUCAAACUAACAUGCCUCUAAAGCCAGAAUUACUGUCAACUGCUUUAGAUCUUCCUCUGCCCAGGUUUACAUGGGCAUUAAAUUCUGAAGCUAGUGUUGACUUAAUACAACUAUCUAAUUCACCAAAGGAGCAACAUAUUUCAAAAGAAAGAACCUUCACUAGUAAAAUAGGUGCUUAUGAACCAAUUCGACUCUCAUCAAAUUUGUCCGAUAGUGAUGUACCUCAAACUUUAUCACAUGAUGCAACAGAAGCAUUGAGUACUGAUUCUGAAAUGGAGUCUGAGACAAUGUCACAAAGAUCAGGAUCACGAGGGAGAAGAGGAAAAAAUGGAUCACCAUGGAGUACUGCCAGUGAGAGUCCGACUCCAACAAAUAGUGUGGCGGAGAGAGUGCAUCCUGUUUGGGAACACAGCUCUACUGGCCGAGGUGUCUGGCCUACAAACACUGGAGAAGAACACACUAGGCUUUUGGGCACCGAGGAAGAGUCCUCAGACCGACAUUCGUCAGAAGAAGAGGGUGACACUGAAACCCCCGGUGACGUGUGGGCCAUCAGCGACGCUCAGGCGCACCACUACGCGUCGCAGUUCGCGCAGCUAAGACCUGAACGAGGCUUACUCUCCGGGCAGACAGCUAGGUUGUUCUUUGAAAAGUCGCGACUGCCGGUCCCCGACUUGCGUAAGAUUUGGCAACUGUCCGACAUCACCAAAGACGGCAUGCUGACAUUGGAGGAGUUCAGCAUAGCGAUGCACCUCAUAGUGCUGAGGCGGAACAACAUUCCCGUUCCCGACGCGCUGCCCACCUGCCUCGUUCCCAAGGUAGAUUCCCGCUUCUCCCAGCAGGCCGUCACCACCGACCUGGUCGACCUCGGCGCCGAUAUGUUCAGCUCCGGCUCCUCCGCAGAUUUCAGCUUCGUGAACAAACCCGAAACAGCUGACUCCAAAACUGUCAAAAAACCGGAAGACCGCCCGCCGUCGCUAUCGCCGCCGAAGCCCGAGCCCCAAGUCAAUAACAAAGAGUGGACGAAAUUCGUCGACUCGCCGACGUCGAGCGUGUCCAGUCCCGGGCCGAAGCCGGUCAACUUCGACUUUCAUAAAUCGGCGGUGGAGCGCGAUCCGAAGAUUUUCCAUCCGGUAGCUUUGCGGGUGACGCCGGACGCGAACGCGUUGCCUUCGCACGGGGAAGGGGAAGUGCGCUCUAGUGCAUCGCCUCGUCGGGACGAGUUCGCGCACGCGUUCGAAUCUGCCAGUCCGAAGCGGUUGAACUCUCAAGAACCGCCACCCAACGGGCAGGAGAUUAAGUCUAUCCAGCGGCCGCAGCCGAAGAAGCCGGUGAAAAGCGCGGGUGUUCUACCACCGCCGCCGGCGCGGGAAGUCCCCGCCACUCACGCGGACGAAGGACCGCAAUCCCUACAAUAUGCGCCAAAAAAAGAACCGCCUCCGCCACCGCCGCCGCGUCCUUUACGAAACCACGCCCGUUCCAGCUCGCUCGACCUCACGCGACUCAAAGGCCCGCCGCCCCCGCCGCGUACUUCCCCUCCUCAACCGCCGCGCGAUUACGAAGCCGACGGGUUCGGAUACAAUCGCGAGGACGCGCCGAAGAUGCACGGCGCGUUCGAAGUGUACAGGAAGCCGUCGCGCGAGCCGUCUUGCGAGGCGGAACCGGAUGUGAAAGCGUUGCAGGAGCAAAAUGCUGUUUUGCAUCGCGUUUGCCGCGCUCUAGUUGCUGAACUAGCGGAUGUGCAGCGCGAAAGACACUCGUUGAAGGUGAGGCUGCGGGGACACGACGCGCCUCUCUAGUCGGAUACGUAUUCGCGGAACUAUAAAAGGGCUAUACCGAUGCUCUGGACAAUUUCUAUACGUUCUUGUAACUCGGUCAAAAUCCGUUUCUGGGGAUUUAGCUUCUAUAUUUUGAUAUAUAAUUGAUUAGUCUUAUUAUUUCCAAAUUGAAUGACAUUGGCGAAUAAUAUUAAACCUCAUUUCGAAAAGUCGCAAUAAUCGACCGUGAAUAAGAGGAACCGUAAUAAAUGCUCAAGAAAGAUUCUGACGGAGUUGUAAAAGCGUUUUACAAUAAUCUGGAAUUUCGUUUAUGGUCUUGGAGAGUUAUGCCCAUGUAGGCUUCAAUUUGUUUGUACCCUUGCAUGUUUUUACUUUUUUGGUCAUCCUUGAUAUUGUUGGUGUUUUCAACAACCAAAACGGGGUUGGAUGUAAGUAGAUUAACCCUGGAAGCCUGUAUGAGUUCGGAACUAUGAUUACAACUCAUAUAAACACACCGCAGCUUAUCGGACUAUAAACAUUUCUGCAAGCGAUUUAAGACCUUCAGGGUCUAGUUUUAAGUUCAAAAUCAGUUGACAUUCUCAUUGACAUUCAUUCCGUACUAUAAAAAAUCUUCUUUCUACUAUACUUCUACUAUGUAUAGGUGAAACAUUUCUUUCGUAAGGCGCCAAUAAUUAUCAUGUUGAUAAUGAUGAAAAAAUAAGG